AUGACCGAUGAAUCAAUCGCCCAGUUGAAAGAUAUGGGCUUCGAUGAAGAAGUGGCUAGGCAAGCAUUAGUUAUGACAAACAAUGAUGUCACUGGCGCUUUGAGCUAUUUAUUUGGUGACGGUAUUCCCAAGCAACAGCAAGGCGAAAAUGAGGACACCCAACAUCCAGAGGAGAAACCAAACCAACGGAGCGACAAGGAAAACGAUCAGGAAUUGGAAAUAGAAUCUGACCACGUUCAGAAUACUGACAUAAAAUUGGCAGGAUCAAGCUCAAGUUCAUUGUCACCACCACCAUUACCAUCCCGAGAGAUUCAUCUGGAUGAAGAGAUUCGGACAAAGAUUGCAGCUUAUGGAUCGUUGCGGUCUGAUGAGCCUGGAGUAAUUGAGGAAGACAGUGACAUUGAGGAUGAUGAUGAUAUGAGCUCUGUAGACUCCUCCGAUGAUUACACUGUCUACGAUGACCCUUCCGCAACACAAAGAAAUAGCUAUAUUCCUCCUAUUCUAGUUCCCAUCAAUUAUGAGUAUUUUGAGAGCUAUCUGGCUCCACUUAUCAUCACACUACACGAAAUUCCAAGUUUCCGGAACCUGAUUUUCAAAUUAGAGUCUUUCAAUGAUUAUGGGUAUGAAAAAAAUUGGUGGAAGGAUAAAGAUAUCAAGAUCGCUGGAUCUGUAGGAAAUAGGUUUGUUAUGGAGUUACAAAGAGUAGUCGCCUUCUUGGACAAUGCACCGUCAAAAAGAUUUUUUGCUAGUAUUCAUAACCUGGUUCAACAUUUGAGUAAAGAUCUGCUGGCAGGUUUGAAUGAUAUGGAGGGAGUUGAAGAUUUUUUUCCUGCCUUUUUUAAAUCACUCUCAGGCGCUGCUACUGGCGUUGAUAAUGAGAAACUACAGAGGUUAUUCCAAAGUGAAAUAAUUGAGAUCUAUAAUGGAGAAGAACGUGAAAAACAGGUAGUAGAAUGUUUUACUAUUGAACCAGAUGUUUUGAAGUGUAACAUUUAUCAGACAUUCCAUAAGUUGCUGUGGGAAAAUGAUUUUGAAAGAUUGGGAAUGAUACAUAUCAACCGUUUAAGUGAGGUCAUGGUCAUUCCUAUUUUGGGAAACCUGAAUGAAAGCGUUUAUGGUAGUUUUUCAGUUUCAGAGAUAUUUUACCCUCAAAUUUAUCUAAAAGAGAACGAACAGUUGAUGAGAUCUAAAAUUGAGCUGAGACAGGAGUUGAUCAACCAAAGGUUGAGCAAUUCCAAGAAAAUCAUGGAUAUUUCAAGUUAUCAAGGCAAAAGGGUUAAUGAUUUUUUGUCCACAACGGUCGAAUACUUGCAAAAUAAAGCAGAGGAUGAAGAAAUCCACAAGGCCUUACAAAACAUCAAUCAGAUCAAAGAUAACAUAAUCAAGGAAAAAUUGUCAAUAACUGACCAACAGAAUGCUAUUGUGGAGAAAUUAAACAGUAAUAUGGACCUGUUCAAUAUCCCAGGGAUAGUGAAGGAAGAAAAAUUAGACUGGGAACCGUAUUUUCUUACCUCAAUAGUUCUUGAUACUUCCAACAUUUAUUAUUUUACCAAAAACUUUGAAUCGAAGGAAACAGAUUACUGUUGGUAUCAGGUUCGAUAUUUCCAUAGAGAGCAUUCGAAGAGGGUCUCCAAUUUCAACAUUAGAAAAAUAAUGGACUUUUCCGAGAUUCAGAAUACAAUCCAUGAGUUUACGCGCUCGGGUAUUUCAAACACGAUGACCUUAACAUAUGUGAAAAGAUCAGCCUUUUUUGACGAAGAUCCAUUGGACGUAUUGCCAAACAAUUUAGUCAAGUUUUUCAACAGGGACAACGAGCAAUUAGCGGAAAACUUACGUGAAAACUCUGACGAGGAAUCGGAAGUCAUCGAUCUAACUAGAGACAGUGACAGCUACGAAGAAUUUGACUCCUCUGCUGAAUCAAAUGGUGAAUCGGCCCGGCGCAUUUGA